CAUGACUCAGCGUUUCUCACAGGCUGUCCUGCAGGAGACACCGACUUCUUGCCGGCUCCUCCCGCCGCGUCCACCCCCUCUCGCCACUCACGCCCGCCCCCGGCCCGGGGCCCUUCCCCUGGGUGGCCGCAGCCGCAGCCGCCGCCGCAGUCAGAUCGGACGCCCCAGAAGCAUCUGCCGCCUGUACCGCGUGUGUCCCACACUCCCUCCGGACCCCGCCACCCCACCGAGCACCCGCCAUGGAGCCGGAAGCCCCCCGCCGCCGCCACACCCACCAGCGCGGCUACGCGGUGAUGCGGAACCCCAGCCUCAACAAGGACUUGGCUUUUACCCUGGAAGAAAGACAACAAUUGAAUAUUCAUGGAUUGUUGCCACCUUGUUUCACCAAUCAAGAUAUCCAGGUCCUUAGAGUAAUUAAAAAUUUUGAGCGUCUGAAUUCUGAUUUUGACAGGUAUCUUCUCUUAAUGGAUCUUCAAGAUAGAAAUGAAAAGCUCUUUUAUAGCGUGCUAAUGUUUGACCUUGAGAGAUUCAUGCCUAUUGUUUAUACUCCCACUGUGGGUCUGGCUUGCCAGCAAUAUAGUUUAGCAUUUCGGAAGCCAAGAGGUCUCUUUAUUACUAUCCAUGAUCGAGGGCAUAUUGCUUCAAUUCUUAAUGCAUGGCCAGAAGAUGUCAUCAAGGCUAUUGUGGUGACUGAUGGAGAGCGCAUUCUUGGCUUGGGAGACCUUGGUUGUAAUGGAAUGGGCAUCCCUGUGGGUAAAUUGGCUCUGUAUACAGCUUGUGGAGGGAUGAAUCCUCAAGAAUGUCUUCCUGUCACUCUGGAUGUGGGAACAGAAAAUGAGGAGUUACUUAAAGAUCCGUUGUACAUUGGACUACGGCAGAGAAGAGUGAGAGGUCCUGAAUAUGACAGUUUUUUGGAUGAAUUCAUGGAGGCAGUUUCUUCCAAGUAUGGAAUGAAUUGCCUUAUUCAGUUUGAAGAUUUUGCCAACAUAAACGCAUUUCGUCUCCUAAACAAGUAUCAAAACCAGUAUUGCACAUUCAAUGAUGAUAUUCAAGGAACAGCAUCUGUUGCAGUGGCUGGUAUCCUUGCAGCUCUUCGAGUAACCAAGAACAAACUGUCGGAUCAAACAGUACUAUUCCAAGGAGCUGGAGAGGCAGCCUUAGGGAUUGCACACCUGAUUGUUAUGGCCAUGGAAAAAGAAGGUUUACCAAAGGAGAAAGCCAUAAAAAAGAUAUGGUUGGUUGACUCAAAAGGAUUGAUAGUUAAGGGACGUGCUGCUUUAACAAAAGAGAAAGAGGAAUUUGCCCAUGAACAUGAAGAAAUGAAGAACCUAAAAGACAUUGUUCAAGAAAUAAAACCAACAGCUCUCAUAGGAGUUGCUGCAGUUGGUGGUGCAUUCUCAGAACAAAUUCUCAAAGAUAUGGCCGCCUUCAAUGAACGGCCGAUUAUUUUUGCUUUGAGUAAUCCAACCAGCAAAGCAGAAUGUACUGCAGAGCAGUGCUAUAAACUAACUGAGGGGCGUGCAAUUUUUGCCAGUGGAAGUCCUUUUGAUCCAGUCACUCUUCCCAAUGGACGGACCCUGUAUCCUGGCCAAGGCAACAAUUCCUAUGUGUUUCCCGGAGUUGCUCUUGGUGUAGUGGCGUGUGGGCUGAGGCACAUCACAGAUAAGACUUUUCUCACUACUGCUGAGGUUAUAGCUGAGCAAGUGUCAGAUAAACACUUGGAAGAGGGCCGGCUUUAUCCUCCUUUGAACACCAUUAGAGAUAUUUCUCUGAAAAUUGCAGAAAAGAUUGUGAAAGAUGCAUACCAAGAAAAGACAGCCACAGUUUAUCCUGAACCCCCAAACAAAGAAGCAUUUGUUCGUUCUCAGAUGUACAGCACUGAUUAUGACCAAGUUCUACCUGAUUGUUAUUCGUGGCCUGAAGAGGCCCAGAAAAUACAGACCAAACUUGACCAGUAGCAUAAUAGCUGACAUUUCUAGCUCCAUUAAGGAGAUCUUGAAGUCUUUCAUAAUUUUUAAAGAUUGGAAUCUUUUAUAAUGAUUCAUAAUAUGCUAAUUUAAGAUAAUUUUACUUUAACAAUCUGAAAAUUUACAGAAGAAUAUUAAUAUACUUUAGGGUAAACAUCACACUAGACA